AUGAAGAUGUUGAUGUCUGAUCAUGAGGUGACUUUGGUUAAUGAUAGCAUGCAGGAAUUUUAUGUUAGGUUUUAUGGGCCUUCGGAAACGCCAUUUGCGAAUGGAGUAUGGAAGAUACAUGUGGAGUUACCGGACCAAUAUCCGUACAAGUCGCCGUCGAUCGGCUUCAUGAACAAGAUCUACCAUCCGAACAUCGACGAGCUAUCGGGCUCGGUGUGUCUGGAUGUAAUCAACCAGACCUGGUCGCCGAUGUUCGAUUUGAUCAACAUCUUCGAAGUCUUCCUCCCUCAACUGCUCCGUUAUCCUAAUCCUUCCGACCCCCUCAAUGGCGAAGCUGCCGCUGCUUUGAUGCGCGAUCCUAAGAGCUAUGAUGCUAAGGUUAAAGACUACGUCCAAAGGUAUGCAACAAAAGAAAAAGCAGAUGAAGCAGGCUCAGAAGAAGAUGAAGAGGAGGAUGAGAUGAGUGAUUUAGGAAGUUUUGGAGAAGAAGACGACGAGCCUGCUGGGGAACUCGAGCUAUGA